AUGGGAGAAGAAUUUCAAGCUGGAAUUUGUGGUGAAACAUGGUGGAAUAUUAAUAAUUCAACAAGAAAUGUUUUUCCUCUUAUGAUAAACUCAUCAUCAUCAUCAACAUCAUCAUGUUCAGGAAGCUAUAGUAACUGGCAAAAUGAGUUUUUGGGUUUGAAAGAAACUAAUAAUAACUUUGAUGUUUCUGAUUGUUCUUUGAGUUUUCUUGAUUCUCCGAAGCCGCCGGAAAUAUCGGUUACCGGAACCGGUAGUACUAGUAGCAUGUUCUUUGAUCUCUCAUCUCCAAAUUCAUCAAAUUGGAAUCACUCAAUAUUGUCAGAGAACAAUUUUGAGUGUGUGAUUCAAGAAGAAAGCACAAAGAAUUUCUCAUCUAGAAUGGAACAAGAAUUUUGCAUAGAUCAUCAAAGUUUGAAUUUAUCAUCAUAUCCAAUUGGAUCAGUGGAUUCAUAUGGUUGUUACCCUUCAAGUUUGAUACAAAGUUUAUUUGAUUCUCAACCACAGCCACAAAAUUCACUUUUUACCAACCCUUCUUCUAUGGCCUAUUCAUCAUCUUCAAUGCCAAAGCAACAGCUUAGUGGAUUGCACUUUUCAAACAAUACUCCUUUCUGGAAUGCUUCAGCUGAGGCUCUCAAUGAUAUUAGAGCAGGAGUUUUGGCUUCAUCACAAUCACAAUAUCAUCAAUCUCAUAAUUUUCAAAACAACAAUUUCAAUUCCUCAAAUACUCUAUUAAACAAGUUAAAGAGAGAAAAUUCACCAGAAGCAAAAACUUCAUCUGAAGUUACAAUGAAGAGGCAAAGAAUUGAGACUCCAUCACCAUUACCAACUUUUAAGGUUAGGAAAGAGAAGCUAGGGGACCGUAUCACAGCUCUUCAGCAGUUGGUUUCACCUUUCGGAAAGACGGAUACAGCUUCUGUUCUUCAUGAAGCCAUUGAUUACAUCAAGUUUCUUCAUGAUCAAGUCAAUGUUUUGAGCACUCCAUACAUGAAAAAUGGAUCUCCUAUUCAACACCAACAGGGUUGUGAUAAUGUGAAGGAGUUAGAAAGAAAAAAACAAGAUUUAAGGAGUCAAGGGCUUUGUUUGGUGCCAAUUUCAAGCACAUUUCCAAUGACUAAUGAGACUAGUAUUGAUUUUUGGACACCUACAUUUGGAGGAACACUCUUUGGCAGAUAG